UUCUGAUAAGUCAUGUCAUGUGUUGGUGUUGCUUGGCUUGCUUGCUUUCAGCUUUCUUUACUUUGCUUGUACGCGCGUCGUCAGUCAAUCGGACUGUUUAUGUGUAGAAACAUCUAUCGCAUAACACACAAAUCGUAACAACAAACUCGAUCGUUAUUAUAAAACCGAAACAAGCUCUGUACAGUGCCAAUAUCAAGAGGAUAUUUAGGAAAUAUGUGAAAGUGACAGUACCAAAAUCGACAUAGUUUUUGUGUGAAUAUAAUGUUAUUUCGCAUAUUUUCGAGUACCGUCAGUUAGUGUAUCGGCGUUUAUAAAGAAAAUGUUACGCGUAAGGCAUAGUUCUUGUGUAGUGGAGGACACUUGAUCGGGAACACUAUGUUCGAAGCAGGAUAAGCGUACUCGAUUAUAGCACGAUCAGCUAUAAUGCAACACGAGUGUACGCAGGAGGGUGGCAGGAGCAGGUACGAGCGGCGGAAGCCGAGCAAGGUGCUGAAGAUAGCAGAGAGCUUCACGAACUUGGAUGAGACUGCGAAGUCGGGGCGUUAUGUGCGGGGCCCUCACUCGAAGUUGGGGCGCAGGUACCGGGACGGAGAGACCGGGAGCCGGACUAAGCGUGCGGUGUGUUGUGAUGAUGAUUGUGAUAAGGAGUCAGGUGUCAGUGAGGAUUGUGAGAGACUGGGGGACCGCAGGGUGACAGGCUCGUCAUGCACGGCCCUGCGGACUGCUGUGGCCGCGCUCUACCCCUUCGACGACUUCAUACUCGAGAAGAUUGGCACCGGAUUCUUCUCUGAAGUUUUCAAAGUUACGAAUAAGACGUCCGGCAAGGUGAUGGUGCUCAAAAUGAACCAGCAGCGUGCCAACAGGCCCAACAUGUUACGAGAGGUGCAGCUCAUGAACAAGCUCAAACAUCCAAACAUACUUGGUUUCAUGGGCGUGUGCGUACACGAAGGGCAGUUGCACGCACUCACGGAGUACAUGGAAGGUGGUUCCCUGGAGCAGCUGAUCCUUGGCCGGCCGCCGGAGCCCCUGCCGCAGCCCCUCAGGGUCUCCCUUGCAGCUGACGUAGCAGAAGGCAUGAUGUACCUACACUCCCUCGGUGUCUUCCAUAGGGAUCUUACUACUAAGAAUGUAUUAUUAAGAAAGUAUGGAGAAGGCGACUACAUGGCCGUUGUCGCUGACUUUGGCCUCGCAGCUAAAAUACCUCAUCCUGUUAACGGUUACAGGCUACCAAGCGUGGGGUCUCCGUGGUGGAUGUCCCCGGAAUGUCUUCGCGGACGGUGGUACGACCAUCGCUCAGACAUAUUCUCCUACGGGAUCAUACUGUGCCAACUUAUCGCCAGGGUGGACGCCGACCCGGACGUGCUCCCGCGCACGGACAACUUCGGCCUCAACUACAUGGCGUUUGUGGAGCUCUGCGACGAGGACACCGUGCCCGACUUCCUCAGGCUCACCUUCAACUGCUGUAUCUAUGAACCAAAAGCGCGUCCGCUAUUCCCAGAAAUAGUGAGCAAGCUGGCCGAAGUGAAGGAGAGCCUCGAUGACGCUACAUGGGGCUCGCAUAGUACUAACAACCAUCAUGAGAGCGAGGACGCAGAUUCAUCAGGUCCCCGGUCGUGUCCUGGCUUGUACGCGUGGCGGAGACCGCAGCGGUUCCGGUCCGAGGGCAGCCCGCGACACCACGACCACGACCAACUGCAACACAGGCGCUCGCUGUCCGAGCUGGAGUGGGGCGGCGCGGGCUGGCCGGGCCCCGCCGGGCCCGCCACCGGCGCCGCGCACCGCUCCGCCUGGGCGCUGGGGCCCGGCGCGGGGCCCGCGGGGCGGCGCCCCCGCCUGGCGCGCCUGCACCGCCUGGCGCACAUCAUGCUGCUGCGGGACGCGCACGCCGCGCCCACCGCCGCGCGCCGCCCGCUCGACACCUUCCGCGGCGUCAAGAAGAUCCUCGAGCCGCACCCCGGCUCCGCGUCCUGCGCCUCGCUGGCGUCCCCGCCGCGCGCCGCGUCCCGCGCGCUCGACGCGGCCGACGACGCGCGCGCCGCCUCGCUGCCGUCCUCGCCCGCACUGUCGCGCCGCGGCUCGCUCGACGCGCGCGCGCCGCGCUCUCCCGCGCACGAGCUACGCCGCCGCGCUUCUUGCGAGAGCGGCAUCUUCUCCGUCGCCAACGAAGAGCUGUGUCCCGCGCGGGCCGGGGCCAAACCGCGGGCCGCCGUGUGUCCUUGCUCUUUGGUGGGCUGCCACCGGUGUUGGUGGUGGCGCCGCGACCCCGACGUCAGCGAGGCGGCGCCCGGCCCCGCGCCCACCGGCGAAGCUCGCGCUCGACUCUGCGCCGAUUGCCUCCUACAAUACGAUCGCGCGUUAGACGCUCGGCCGUCGCGCCGCGCACCACUCGACGACUCCGCGUUGUCGGCUCCGUCGGGCUCGCUCCGCAGUCUGGACGAAGACGCGUCGACGUUCCUGUGCGGGCGGCGCGACGUGGAGGCGGAGGCGGAGGCGGAGGCGGGCGCGGCGGAGCUGUGCGAGUACCACAUCCUGGCGGCGUGCUGCUGCGCGGCGGGCGGGGCGCGGCGCGCGCGCGCGGGGCCCAGCAAGCGCAGCUCCAGCGUGUACACGGACAGCUCGGAGGACGUGGCGUCGCUGGCGGGCUCGGACAGCCUGUACAUGGAGGAGCGCCUGCCGCGCGCGGCGCGCUCGCUGCAGAUCCGGCAGAUGGUGGAGUACUUCGAGCGCGCGGGCGCGGGGCAGCCGUGCGAGCGCCUGCGGCCGGGCGCGCGCCUGCGCCUGGCGCCGCGCAAGGCGGCCGCGCGCCUCACGCUGUGCGAGGGCGCCGUGCGCUCGAAGCUUCCUCUGUUCGACAGCCGCUCCUAGCCCCGGCGCCCGCCCGGCUCUGCUUUCGACUCCGGGCCCCGCCCGCGGAUUUGUGACUUCCAUAGUGUUUACAGAAGAAACUAUUUUUUAACGUAACGAAGGCGACCCUAUUCGCGUAUUGAGAAUAUUUGAUCACAAUAAUAUUAUAGAAGCAGUAUUUUCCAAGGCUAGUGCCGACGUCCCGUCGAGGAAGACGCCGUACUAUAGGCUCGGCGCGCGACGCCCGCGGCCGGCCUGCCGACACAAAUUCACGUUUGUUUGACUGAUUGUAACUUCGUACUUUACUUAUAUUUGUAAUGAAGGCGAACAUUGAGAUUAGACAGAAAGUUGUAGAGGAGAUUAGUCGAAAUUAUCGGUGAUAUAGUCAAUGUGUGGUUGAAUAGUCCUUUAUAACGUGGCCUAUCCGUAUAUUAUGAAGGCCUUUUAGUCUUUUUUAGUCUAAAUAUUAUAGACGGCAUCGCGGUCUGAAUUUUAAUUUGGCUAACACAUCAGAUGCAGUUUUGCAACAUGUAAAUAAUCAUUUAUUUAGGUUAUGUUUCAAUAACUUUAUAAUUUAUUUUUAUGUUUCCAGUAUUAAAUAUUACUUGCCAGUUUACAGCUACUAUAAGUGUGUACAUAAUUUAAAUUUAAAGUUAAGUUGUCAUAAUAAUGUUGGCUACGGAUUAGUACUGAUCUUAAUUUGUUACGUUAGCAGUGGAAUACUGAUUGCGUUUAGAUCCUAUUUAUAAUUUAACUAUACAAAGAUUCAUUUUGCUAUAUUUCGUUAAACUUCGACAAAGUCAUAUUAUUUAAAAUUUAUUUUUACUUUGGAAAAACAUUUUUUAUUUAUCUUUACUACAUCAUAAAUUAUAUGUAUACUCAUAAUAUACGGGCUAAAUUCGUCCUAAAAUUAUAUAAAAUUACAAAACAAAAUGGCGCGUUGCUAGUCUUUUAAAACGUGUCAUUUUUGGCGAAUUCCGUCGGAUUAAUAAAUAAUAAAAAUGUGUUAACUACUUAUGCGAAAAUAUAUGAAGUGUAAUAGGAAAAUGAACGACCAUUUAGAACGAAUGUUUAAGACUUAACACGAAAGCAUUGAACAAACAUUUUCAAAUGUCCAAAAUGGAUGCACAUGUUAAACUUUUGUGGGUUCGUAAAUUAAAGUCAAGGGAAUGAUAAAGCUGUGCCCAGCACUGUAAGUAAAACAUAAGUUACUUGUGACUGUGUUAUUAUUUUCUCUCGGCUUUAAUCUAUGACACCACGUGCAUUCCACCUUCCACUUUCCUCUAAACAAAAUAUAAUGUACAAAUAUGUGUCAAAAAUCACACCGAACUAUAAAGAAAACACACUGUUUUGUGUUGCCCGUUGUUUUACUUUCUACCAAAAUGGUAGAAUUUCCUCAUUAGUCAUUGAAAAUUAUAUUUUUUGCAAAUUUAUUAACCGAAAAUUUGCAUACAAAUACAAACAAUAGCUGAUAUUAUUAAAUAAAAUAACGGGCAACACUGAAAACGUUAUAGUAAUAUCAUAUUUUUGUAAAUACAGUAUUAAUAUAGUGUAUUUAAAUAUCAUCGUCAUCUUAUAGUAUAUUUUACUUUAAAAUCAUGGUUAUAUUGUUAAAUUCAGGGUAUACAUGGUGUAAAUAUUUAAUGUUGAGAUGAAGUUGUGGAAUACUUGAUCCGCGAAUGCGGUUUAGAUGUCAGUGCCAAAAGAAAAUAUUUCAAGAAACAAAUUAUAAAUUCGUCUGCCUUACACACUGUGCCGUUUCGUUCAGGACGGUAACAUACAAAUAUUUUAAUACUGCCCAGAUUUACCGUAAAAUAAAUCUUAAAAGUUUAUUCAUAUAUAAAAACACAAUACACUUUUUAAUCGUUUCUACUCAAGAACUCACUGUACAUUGAAUGUACUGGCUGAACGAGAGGGCAUCGUCUGUGAAGGCUAAUACAACGUCAGGAUGUCGAAUUAGUGUUGAAACUCCUUAAUUUAUAUAUUAUGAAUGAGCAAUUACGUGUCCGUCCAUAACUAGGCGAAGAAAUGCUUUGUGUCCUUGCAGCUGUACCAUCUUUCAAUACACAUCGUUUUCAAUUUAAUGUAGUACACUUGGGAGCAAAGUAACGGAGCCACUAGCGUGUUUUCUUUUUCAUUUCUUAAUAUUUUCUGAUUAUAGACAAGUAUUUUGUUAAUUAAUUGGUGACGUAUGUCGUUUAGUUACAAUAUAAAAGAGCAAUUUAAUUUCAACCUUUAAAAUGAGAGUAUCUUGUUGUAAAACAAAUAAUUCUAAGAAAAAAGCGAUAGUGACUCCCAUUUCUAUGCUCCCAAGUGUAUGUGUGCUAAUGCAUAGAUGGAACUUCUCUACCUAUUAGAUUUGAAUGCAUUUCUAUCGUCAAUUGAUCACUAACAUGUAUCGAGUCUCCUAAGUGCCGGUAAAUACCAUUUUCGGUAUGUGCUAGAGAUCAAUUGCCACAAUUGGACACUAAGACUGAUAGUGGAACUACUUAGCAGCUUUUUGCAGCAGAUACUACAUACAACAUGUAAGAUGUGAGACAGUAACUUUCAUAGAUGUCGCCACUUAAGAUAAAGGCAACUUCAUAUAUAAAGUUUCCUUUCUGCAAUAAUUACGGUUACUGCCUCAUAUCUUACUAGUUUGUGUGUACUAGAAUUCUCUGUGGUAUUUACUACAUCAAUUUGUUGUUCGAUAUAUUUCAAUUGUUGCUCUAUACAUUAGCUAUGUUUUCCUAGCCGAUUUUAUUAGUUAAUAACAUUUUUCACUGUAUUUCAAUGUCAUGCUAUCUUCAUAUUUCGCCUUUAGUAACGUUAGUUGCUAUUCUGCUGAAAACAAAGCAAUUUAGCGUUAAUGUAGAACAAAUUUUACCUUACUAUUGACGUAAAGAGGAGCAUGAUUGCGUUUUUGCAAAUUCUUGAAACCAUUGUGAUGUGAAAUAAGUAUAAUUAUUAAAAUUUGUCGAAAGGGAAACUUAUUUAUUUAUCUUAUCUGUGAUCUCAAGACAUGAAGGUGAUCUCAUCGAAAUACCUACGUAUGCAAGUGCCUAUCGCUGUAAUCUAACAUUAUUUUUAUGUAAAUCCCGUGUGCGUAAAAAUAUAUCAGUUCCAAGUAUUGAUAUUAAAUCACUGUCCGUGUCCCCUAGAUAGAUACUGUGUACUAUUUCAACAAAUCAGAGUCAAGGAAUAGAUGUUAAUUACUCCUUUUAAUAUCAGCUAAACGCAUUGUAUUUCCUGAUUCAAGUACCUUACUUUGCUUAGAGAAAUCAUUUACAAUAAUAAUUGCGGGAAUACUUUUGUACAUUCAUCUGCCUAGAUUCUGGACCAGUAGCAUUCUGCCUAAUGUAUAUGAUCAUCGUGUUGCCUUGAGUUCGCCAGUAAGAUCUAUAAAUCAUAGUUUUAAUACAUGUCUGGUGAUCAAAUAGUUGUUAGUAUUAACUUUAAUGUUGAAAUAAUCGAUUAAAUUGUAAUUGCAAUAGUUCGAUUUUAUAUUUGAACGAUGUACUUUAAGUUUCAUAAUAAUAUUUGUAAUACUUUCAAAAUUUUAAUAGAAAUUCGACGAUAUUGGAAUGGUCAAGUUUAUUUAUUUAUUCAAAUUUAAUUUAGUGAUGUGCAAUAGAAGACUAUAAAUUAUUAUUAAAACAAAUUUGUUUUUGCUUGGCAUCAAUAUAAUAAUUGUUUGUGACUUCAAUAUGUUUGACCAACGCUAUAAAUCGAAAUAGAGUUAUAAAUUGCAGUUUCUUAAAUUAUAAAUGCCAGCCAUUACUUUAAUAUUUUGGAGUUUUAUUAAAAACGUAUGUAACAAACUCGUGUCACGUUAGGUGUAACUUUUCUCAAUAAGAUUAUAAAAACCGUUUCAGCACUAAUUCGGAUCAGUUUAGCCAGCUGGCUUCCUCUUAAUUAUUUGUAUAUUUUUUGUCAAAGGGGACAAAGUUACACCGCAAUAAGCAUAUCAGUUACAGAGUGUAGGUAAUGGUUAGUUAUUUUUACAAUAUUUAGGUUAACGCGAGUUUCACACGGCCGAUUAUAUUUUACAUUACUGGUUUACUGAAUUAUAAUUAUUUAUGUAUACAUAAUUUAUUUAAUCUGUCCAUUGAAGAAAUACAAUCGAUAUAGUGAUGAAUACCAGCCACGUAUUACUAACUUGUACCGGACAAUAUGAAACCUCUGUUUUCUUAAAGUUCCCACUUUGUGGGAAACUUUGUGUUUUCCCAUGUUUUAGGCGAGUCACCGGCGCCAAUAGUCAAUUAGGUACUUUGCCACUGAUAGAUUAUCCCAAAUAUCCUUUUAAAUCCCAUAUAUGAGGAAAUAGUCAAUUACAAUGUCUCUAUGUAUAUGUAACGUACUUAACAAAAUAUGCAUUUAUUAACCACAUCGAUGCUUUCACCAAAUAGUGGAAUCCCUGUCGCAAUUAUUGCAUCAUUAUUAUGAAAAUAUCACUCGAUUAUACUAUUCAAUAGAUUAUUCGAGAACUAACCAGACCUUUUACGUUAUCAUAACGUUCUUAAAAUAAUAUAAAUAGGUACGUCAUAAUCAGUUAUCGUCUACAAACGUGAAUGGCGAUAAGAUACUCUUGUUACUGAAUAAAACAAGCUUUUAAGAUUUUACGCGGUACUCACUGUUUCAUGUUAAUGUUGAAGAACAAAGAACCGUAUGUUUAGUAAAUGAAGUUAUUUAGUUCCUCCUCUGACAAUAAUAUUACUUCCAUUUAACUUAGUUAAUUUUACACUGUUUUAAUAGUGCUUCCAAUCUCAAUGUCCCCUUACUGAGGUCAUCGCCCUCCAAUAACAAAUUUCUUAAACAUUAAAUGGCGCCAAAAUUUAACAACAUUUUUUUUUUUAUUAUGCCAUAUUUUUGCUGCCAGUAAUAAAUAUCAUCGGUCGUGUCGACUUCAUGUUGAGUUAUAAGUUUGUGUACAUAGCUCCUAACGUUCCUUGUUUUUAAGGCACUAACGGUUUAAUGUAGAACAUUUUCUUAUACGGUUGUGUCAUUUACAAGCCCAGACUUAUUAUAGUUAUAGUUGAAGCCGAUUAGGCAGUUACUGAACGAGAAUUUGUAAAGUGAAGAUCGUAUUAAAUAUAUUUUGUUUCAAAA